AUGCCCGUCGAAAUUACCCCCGUCGAUAUUUCGCUCCAGGGUCCCAUCCCAGAGGAGCAACUGGCACUCAUCAAUGCUCACUUGUCCCUUUUGACACCGUACGAGGUGCUCCAAUGGGGUGUCGACCAUCUCCCAGGUCUUUUCCAGACUACAGCCUUUGGGCUCACCGGGCUGGUUGGCAUCGAUAUGCUGUCCAAAAUGACCUCAUCUCCGCCACCUCUCAUCUUCCUCGACACUCUCUACCACUUCCAGGAGACGCUUGACCUUGUCGAACAAGUACGGAACCGAUAUGGCAUCCAAAUUGCCGUAUACAGACCCGAAGGAUGCGAAACCAUCCAAGACUUUGAGCUCAAAUACGGCGAAAGGCUGUGGGAGGUCAGUGAGGAGGUAUACGACUAUGCCGUCAAGGUGGAGCCUGCCCAACGUGCAUACAGAGAGCUAGGUGUCCGAUCGAUCAUCACCGGCCGACGAGCCUCGCAGGGUGCAGCGCGGGCGACACUUCAGCCACUCGAGAUUGACAGCACGGGCAUCUUCAAGCUCAAUCCUUUUGUCUCUUGGUCAUUCUCGCAGGUCAAAGCCUACAUCGAUGAGCACAAUGUCCCGCGGAACGCACUUCUUGACCAGGGCUACAAGUCGGUUGGCGAUUGGCAUAGCACACAAAAGAGCGGCGAAGGCGACGCUGGGGAGCGUGCUGGACGCUGGGCAGGUCGUGACAAAACGGAGUGCGGUCUGCACAAGGAUUACUUCAAGAUGAAGCUCGCGGCGAAGAAGAAGCAACACGAAGAGGAGCUCCAGAGUCGUGAGGAGGCUCUCGAAAAAGCCAUUUCACUGGACACGCCCAUUGCAGAAGUCAUCCAGUCGUCGGCAUGA